GUUUCUGGUUGGCCUAUACUCCCCGAGAUACACCCGACGUUGUCCGGACGCAUGCCGCACCAGCCCGUGAGGCUAGCUAUGCACCCACACCUCGGCCGUGAUACACACUACCAUGGCGAGCCAGCUGCAGUAGUACCGCAAGAUAGUUAGACAGUCGUCACUGCACGCCAGACCCGGUGCAAAAUGCAUGCUGCGGAUAUGGUGCAUUUGGGCCCUUUGAACGGCAGCAUACCGUUCUACAUGCUCUUCUUGAGUGACACACCAAGUCGGCGUGACGAGGAUGACGGCGAUGCUGCGAGCGGCAUAGAUCUUAGGAGUGCUGCACAGGAGGAGGCGGAGGUGACGGAGUUAGGGAUGCUUCAAGCGGCGUGGGAGCGUGAGGAGCUGCUGCGCGUGCCUGUGGACCGUGCUCCGGUGAUGCGUCUGUCGCGGACGAUCGACUCCGUUGAUGACUGCGACGCGUAUCACUUAACCGCGGGGCAGCGGUAG